GUGUGUUUAGUAGCGCGGUGUUCGGCGUCCAUUUUUGUUUUCAAGAUGUCAGCUCGUGCCUCCUGAACCGGAGUAGCAGGUUGACGGGACUAACGGGGCGAACUGAGUUAGCACUGAACUGCAGGCAUCUUCAAUCAUGGAGGACAUAAGCACCGUGAUGUCCUGGUUCUCCAGCCCUGUGUACAGCCGCUACUGGCAGCACUACCAGCAGGCCAUGGCCUGGCACCAGAGACACAGGCGAGCCUACAGAAAGGCCUUGGAGGCCGCCUACGGCCAUGCCUACAGCCAGGAGCAGUGUCCCGGCAGCCACCAGCAGCGCUACGCAGACUGGAACGCAGGAGAGGGCGACAGCGAAGAUGGAGAGGACGGGGACGAGGAGAGCAGCUCGGACAGCGAGAUCGAGUGUGACGUAAGCAACAUGGAGAUCAGCGAGGAGCUUCGGCAGUACUUCGCCCAGACGGAGAAACACAGGGAGGAGCUGAAGAAGCAGCAGCAGAUGGAGGCUGAGCAGCAGGACAGCUACGUGCCAGCCGACCAGGACCUGCGAGGUGUCUCCUGGCGAAGCAGCGCGGCUCCUCCCUCGGAGCGCCCCGGCGAGAGACGGGGGGCCGAGAUGAAGAAGCUGUAUGGCAAAGACGCUGCCAAGAUCCUGGCCAUGGAGGCGGCGAUGCAGCUAAAUUUCGACAGAAACUGUGACCUCAAACAGCCCAAGUACUGGCCCGUCAUCCCACUGAAACUGUGACGGCUGCGGGCUGUAAACUGUUUGAUUUGGAGGAAAUCCCUGCUCUGAUCUCUCAGUGAGACAGCAGCUUUGUCGUGUAAUGGAUUGUGUCUGUCGACGCUGCUGAUGUAGAACUAAUGGCAUGGGUUAGCUGAGGGUUACAAGUUAUUUUAAGCACAAAAAGUCACAGAAAUUAGCUUCUGCUUAGCCAGACGCGAAUGUCACUGACCUGUCAGCUGCUGCUCUAAAUGAAAACUUAUGAUUUUGAUGCUUCACAUAAUGUUGGAGUUUUUUGUGGCUUUACACUUGUGCAUAAAUUAUUUUUAACUCAGGAUGAUGCACUACGCUAUAUCCAAGAGACGCACGGUUUGUGUGGUGUCCUCCCAUGAUUUCAGGACAAAAACAGAAACAAGAAUACAAACUGGAGUCAGCCGCAGUUCACAUACAGUAAAACAGCUCCUGUAGGUGAUGUAAAUAUAUUCAAACAACAUGUGCCUGCGUGUUUCCUCCUAAUCUGUUUCUGUUUACCCUCUAGCUUGGUGAUGUUACAUGCUGCAGUAGCUCCUCUUAUGCCUGUCAACUCAGUUUAACCACAAAAACAUUUUCAGCCCCCUUUUUUUUCCUCUGUUCAAAAUUUCGAAGCGUUCCCGCAUGGCUGCUUCUGAUAUUCCACUCUUCAACAUACACGAAGAGUGAUUUGUUGUUGUUGCUUCUAAACUGUGCCUCUCUGAUUCUGACAUUUCAUCGGCUUCAAAGCCAUUCGUGUGGUUCCUCAGGAGGGACGCUGAGUAUUCUCUUUUAUCUUGUGCUUGCACCACCCAGCCCCCUUUUUUUUUAGACUGAAGGAUGUGUGUUUUAAUAUAAAUUCUGUUUAUAAUAAAGUGUUUUCUGUUUGUAUAAAA